AUGUUUCAGCAAGCCUAUCAUGGUCUUGGUAAAAAAAUAUCCCACUACAAGAAUAAGGGAAUUAGUAUCCAAAAUAUUAACUUGUCUCAGAAGUCUAAGAUUGAAUGGGAAACAACACUGACUGUUUUGGCACUUGAGAUUCAAACUGGAUUCUCAUCAAUAAAAAAAAACCAGUUACUUUUUCAUUUUAUAAAGAUAACCUAUUAUUUCUAAUAUUUUUAACCAAAAUGGCAUCUGUUGGAUGGCUAAUUGCAUUACCAAGCACAAUUGAAGGUAUAAAAAUUGGAGCAAUUACUAUUUUUUGAUUUAUCGUAAAUUCCUUUGAAUUAGUUCAGUGCCUCCAGCUCUGCCUACAUGUUUAUUAAAUGGAGUUUCUUUUGCUUUGGCAAGAAAGUAAAAGAGGAAGAUCCAUUGUAUCUCACCUAACAAAGCUAUACUAAACCAAGCAUCUCAUCGAUAAUGUUGCAGGAAAGAUAACAAUAAUGUGCCUUGAUAAACUGGUACUUUAACCUAAAAUAGACUAGAUUUAAUUGA